AUCCCAACCAGAACCCUUGAUGCGCACCGUUUUGAUUAGAUUCCUCUCGACGCUUGCCCUAUCGACGGCACCACCGUAUUUGACGACUGUUUCCGCCGCAUCGAGUGAGAAUUAAGGUUGGACAUGGCAACAAGCGCGGCUUCACGUAGAAAAGUCUUUAUAUCCUUUUAUCGAAGCAUUUCCUCGUCAACAGGGGGUGGAGCUUUCCCCCCUCCUCCUGUUGUUUCUUCCCGAAGAGUAGUUGUAACUGGUUUAGGUAUGGUGACGCCUCUUGGUUGUGGAGUGGAUAGAACGUGGAAGCGACUCAUAGACGGCGAGUGUGGAGUAAGAGCAUUGUGCUUCGAAGACCUCAAGAUGAAUGGCUUUGAUAAGGAAACUCAAUUGAGUACGUUUGAUCAAUUGACAUCCAAAGUUGCUGCAAUUGUUCCUACUGGAACCAACACUGGCGAAUUCAACGAUGAAAUAUGGCUUAAUUCUAAGGACCAUCGAUCAAUUGCAAGGUUUAUUGCUUAUGCACUAUGUGCUGCUGAUGAAGCUCUUAAAGAUUCUAAUUGGUUUCCCACUGAGCAGGAAGAUAAGGAAAGAACGGGGGUGUCUAUAGGUGGGGGAACUGGAAGUGUUAGUGACAUUUUAGAUUCUGCACAACUAAUAUGUGAGAAGCGUCUUCGUCGGCUUAGUCCAUUUUUUAUUCCACGAAUAUUGAUCAACAUGGCAUCAGGACAUGUGAGCAUGAAAUAUGGGUUCCAGGGACCGAACCAUGCUGCUGUCACUGCAUGUGCUACUGGCUCACAUUCUAUUGGUGAUGCAGUGAGAAUGAUUCAAUUUGGGGAUGCAGAUGUUAUGGUGGCAGGAGGCACAGAGUCCAGCAUUGAUGCAUUAUCAAUUGCAGGGUUUUGCAGGUCCCGAGCUUUGACUACAAAGUAUAAUUCAAGCCCUCAGGAAGCAUCACGACCCUUUGAUAGUGGUCGAGAUGGGUUUGUGAUAGGUGAAGGUUCUGGAGUCUUGGUCUUGGAGGAAUUUGAGCAUGCGAAAAAUCGAGGAGCCAACGUCUAUGCAGAGGUUCGUGGCUAUGGGAUGUCAGGUGAUGCAUAUCAUAUCACUCAACCUCCUAGUGAUGGGAGAGGUGCCAUUUUAGCCAUGACUUGUGCUUUAAGACAGUCUGGUCUUCAUCCUUCUGAAGUGGAUUACAUAAAUGCACAUGCUACAUCUACACCCUUGGGUGAUGCAAUAGAAGCUAAUGCUAUCAAAACCAUAUUCCAUGACCAUGCAAGCUCGUCUACUUUAGCCUUCUCCUCCACAAAGGGGGCUAUCGGUCAUCUCCUAGGUGCUGCUGGAGCUGUUGAAGCAAUUUUUGCAGUUUUGGCAAUACGACAUGGAAUUGCUCCAUCAACUCUUAAUUUAACUAAGCCAGAUCCUGUGUUCAGUGAUGGUUUCUUGCCAUUGUCUGCUUCAGAGGAAAUGCCAAUUAGAGUAGCUAUGUCAAACUCUUUUGGUUUCGGAGGCACAAAUGCGUCCCUACUUUUUGCUCACACUGGAUCGGAUUGAUUAGAUAGUUACAUCUCAUUCUGUUGGCAUAAUUUGACAAAAGCUGAUUGCGUCAUGGCAACAAGAGUUUGAAUGGCCUGAAGGGAGCACAAAUAUACCCGAAUUUUAUGUUUUGCCAUGUACAUUUUAAUCCUUUUGCUCCUUAUUUUUUUAUGUGAUUAGCUCUUAACUAUUUGGAAAAUAGCGUUAUUGACGAUUCAUAAAACGGUGGAUUCUAUUGCGAGCUUUUGUUAGGACUUUUUUUUAUCUGAAAAGUAAAUUUUAAAAGCAUUGGUU